GUCACAAGUGGUGGUGGGGACUUGUCUCUGAGCAAGAGUAUUAGCAGAGCUAAAUGCAGUAAUACGGUAAGGGCAGCUAGGUUAUGAAGACGUGCUGCUUUUAAAUACACCGUGAAGUAGAGGUGGAGGCAGAGUGAAAAGAAGCCGCAGUCGGCACGGUCCUCUAUUACAAAUAGGAGCUGAUGCACCUUUAGGUUUCUAGACAUGUUUGGCAAGUUAAAGGGUCUGCUCAGGGGCCCGCAGAUACCACCGGAGCCUGGGACCACCACAGUAGCUCCAGACCCAGCUCCAGCUCCAGCUCCAGCUCCAGCUAAGGAGGAGAAGCCAGCCGAUAAGGGCGAUGAAGCCAAAGGAGUGGACAAACCCCAGGAAUCAACUCCUGAACCAGCCCCUGCACCGGCCCCAGCACCUACAUCUGCACCAGCUCCAGCUCCAGCUCCAGCACCUGCACCGGCCCCUGCACCGGCUCCAGCUUCGGCACCGGCUGCUGGAUCGGCCCCAGCUAACCCAAAUCAAGCUGGAACUGAGGGGCAGGAAGAGGCCCCUCCACCACCUCCACCCAUCGUCAUCAACAGGUACUCAGAUGAUCAACUCAGAGAAAUAGUGAAACGCAUGCGAGAGAGGCUGCAUAUCUACAAGGAGAAACUGAUUGAUCAGUACGCGUCGUCUCCUGAGAUAAGCCCUCCUGUCACGCCACUGCUACGGAGAGACAACUACACCAAAGUGAUAGAGGAGAGGAAACGGCAAGCAGAGGAGGAGCAAAUAAAGAAGGAGGAGGCAGACAAGAAGAAGAAAGAGGAGCAGGAGAAGAAGAAAAAAGAGGCUGAGCAAAAGAAGAAGGAGGAGGAGGAGGCGAAAAAGCUAGCCGAGAGCCAAGAAGGGAAGAAGGCGGUGCCCCUGAAAACCAGGUUAGUUGAAUUUGCGUGGACUACAGUGGACUUUGUGCUGAAGCCGGUGGAGGACAUGACGGACUCUGUGCUGGGUCAGACCAUGGACCCUUUUACGGACCGGCGUUACAUCGCCUGGCUGAGCCUAGUGACUCUGGCUUUCAACUACAACACAUGGUUCAUCACGGCCCGUCUGUGCUUCCCGUAUCACACCGAGACCGCCAUCCCUUUGUGGUUCGGUCUGGACCUGCUGGCCGACCUCAUAUACCUCACAGAUGCCGUCAUCUUCCAGCCCCGCAAACAGUUUGUACAAGGAGGAGAUGUCAUGACCGACAGACUGAAAACAAAGAAGCACUACAGGGAUUCAGACAGAUUCUUGGCCGACACAGUGUCUCUCAUACCGUUUGACCUGCUGUACUUCCAGUUUGGGUUCAAGUCUAUUUUCAGAGCCAAUCGUCUGUUGAAGGCAGAAACGUUUUUUGAGUUCAGUGAUCGUCUAGAGAGCAUCAUGGCCAAGGCUUACAUCUGGAGAGUGAUUCGCACAAUUGGCUAUCUCCUCUUCAUGCUCCACAUCAAUGCCUGCUUGUACUAUGUGGCCUCAGACUAUCAGGGCAUCGGCAAAACUAAAUGGGUCUACUCCGGCCUCGGCAGCGCGUACCUGCGUUGUUACUACUAUGCUGUGCGCAGUCUGAUCAACAUCGGGGGUCUUAACGAACCCCACACCGUCUUUGAGAUUACCUUUCAGAUGACUAACUUUUUCACGGGCGUGUUUGUGUUCUCCAGUUUGAUUGGACAGAUGAGAGACGUCAUCGGUGCAGCCACAGCCGGACAGACCUACUUCCGUUCCUCCAUGGACAACACCGUGGCCUACAUGGUGUCCAAUAACAUUCCCUCCCUGGUGCAGAACAGAAUCCGCACUUGGUACACCUACACCUGGGACGCUCAGGGCAUGCUGGAUGAGUCUGAGCUGCUGGAUAAGAUGCCUCUAGUGAUGAAAACAGCCAUCGCUGUGGACAUCAACCUGGCAACCUUCCAGAAAAUCGAUCUUUUCAAGGGCUGUGACCAGCAGAUGUUAGUGGACAUGUUACUGAGGCUCAAGUCCAUCAUCUACCUGCCUGGAGACUUUGUUGUGAAAAAAGGAGACAUCGGCAAAGAGAUGUACAUCAUCAAGAGUGGAGCGGUGCAGGUGGUGGGAGGACCUGACAACAGCAUUGUGUUUGUCACCCUGAAGGCUGGAUGUGUGUUUGGAGAAAUCAGUCUCUUGCAGUCCUCCAAAGACGGAGGGAACAGGCGGACGGCCAACGUCAAGGCCUACGGCUUCGCUAACCUCUUCGUCCUGGAGAAGAAGGACCUGUUUGACAUCCUGGUCCAUUACCCAGAGUCUCAGAAAGUCCUGGCCAGGAAGGGCAGAAAGCUAAUGAAAGCCAAAGGCCCGGCAGCAGCCAAAGCUCAAGAGGAGGAGAAGAAGAAAGGACUGGCUCUGUUUGGACCCAAGCCUCCCACACCCAAGCUGCUGCGAGCUGUCGGAGGAACAAAGAACUUCCUUGACAGACUGAAGAGUACCAGCGGUGGCCAAUGAGAACUGUAGGAGCUCACAUAAAAGACAUCAGCAUGUUUUUAUAAUAAUAAUUCCAUUUUGGGAGUUAAUGUACAGUUUUGUUUUGUACCGCUGUCUACUACUAUUGUCACUACUUGUUUCCCACAAUAUACUAGUACGGUUUACCUCAGCAGAACAUUUACACAGAUCAGGCAUAACAUUUUCACCACCUUCCUAAUAUUGUGUAGGUCUCCUGAAAACAGUUGUGACUCAUCAGAGAAUGGACAUGGUCCUUCUGAGGGUGUCCUGUAACAGAGUGCUGUUAGUCAAGGCCUUUGGGUCAAGGAGUCUCAUUGCUAUGGUCUGGUCUGGUCUGGUCUGGUCUGGUAUGGUCUGGUCUGGUAUGGUCUGGUCUAGAUGUGUGGUACAUGUCUAAGAAUGCCAGGUAUAAAUGUUUCCCAGUUGAAUUGUCACACGACGGUCAAUGUUAUUUGCUUCUCUUGUCAGUGGUUUUAAUGUUGUGGCUGAUCAGAGUAUAUCCAACAUGAGAGAGUCAAGUGUUUGCCUGUGAGCUACACUGCUGGUCAUUUACAGCUUCAUUUUACACUGAGUAUAUUUGUAUAUUUGUCUUUAUUAGGAGCUUUUAUCCAGUUUUUCACUGCACACUAAUCAUAGAAGAGAUUUUAUUAGAAGUGACAGUGUGGAUCUGAUGAUUCUAUCUCCAUUUAUAACCUCUUAAAUAAAUGAUGGUUUGCUUCUGUCUCA